AUGGUUGUUGAAAGAACAGAGGGAGGAGGAGCAGCAGCAAUUGGGAUUGAUUUGGGAACAACAUAUUCAUGUGUUGCUGUAUUGAAGAAUGAUGGUAGUGUUGAGAUUAUUGAAAAUGACCAAGGAAAUCGAAUUACUCCUUCUUAUGUUGCAUUUACUGAUACUGAACGCUUGAUUGGAGAUGGUGCUAAGAAUCAAGCUGCUGUGAAUGCUACCAACACCGUUUUUGAUGCAAAACGUCUAAUUGGUAGGAAAUUCAGCGACAGUGUUGUUCAGAGUGAUAUGACCCUGUGGCCUUUCAAAGUCAUUGCUGGUGAAGAUGAGAAACCUAUGAUUGAAGUCAGUUACAAGGGAAAGGAUAUGCAGGUUUCAGCCGAGGAGAUCUCAUCCAUGGUUCUCAGUAAAGUGCGAGAAACUGCUGAAUGUUUUCUUGGCUCAACUGUUGAGAAUGCUGUUAUUACCGUCCCUGCUUACUUCAACGAUUCUCAGAGACAAGCUACAGAGGAUGCUGGUAUAAUUGCUGGUCUUAAUGUACUGCAAAUUCUCAAUGAACCAACGGCUGCUGGAAUCGCUUACGGUCUUGACAAGAAGGCAACCAGUGCUGGUGCAAAGAAUGUUCUUAUCUUUGAUCUUGGUGGUGGUACUAUUGAUGUUUCAAUUCUCAACAUUAACGAGGGAAGAUUUGAAGUCAAGGCUACUGCUGGAGAUACCCAUCUUGGAGGAGAGGAUUUUGAUAACAGGAUGGUUAAUUACUUUGUUCAAGAGUUUAAAAGGAAGCACAAGAAAGAUAUUAGUGGAAAUCCAAGAGCUCUUAGAAGGUUGAGAACAGCUUGCGAGAGGGCAAAAAGGUCCCUCUCAUCUACUAUUCAGACAACCAUUGAGAUUGAUGCUUUGUAUGAAAAAGUCGACUUUUAUACAGCCAUUACUCGUGCUAAAUUUGAAGAAUUGAACAUGGACUUGUUUAAGAUAUGUAUGGAAUCUGUUGAGAAGUGUGUGGGGGAUACUAAGUUGGACAAGAGCAGCGUAAAUGAAAUCGUGCUUGUAGGCGGGUCUUCAAGAAUCCCAAAGGUUCAAUCUAUGUUGAGGGAGUUCUUUAGUGGGAAGGAACUUUGCAAGAGCAUCAACCCUGAUGAGGCUGUGGCUUAUGGUGCUGCGGUGCAAGCUGCUAUUUUAAGUGGCCAGGGAAAUGAGAAGGUGCAGGACUUGGUUUUGUUGGAUGUCACCCCUCCUUGCAGAAAUCAAAUUACGAUUAAGAAUGAUAAGGGCGGAUUUUCGAAGGCUGAGAUCCAGAGAUUGGCUCGAGAGGCUGAGAAAUACAAGUUAGAAGAUGAAAUAUACAAGCAGAAGGUGGAAUUAAGAAACGCCUUUGUGGUUUACAUGGAAAAAGUGAAGGAUGCAAUUGAUGGCAUUCAAUCAUCGGCUGAUAGAGACAAGAUUGAGGCUGCUGUCAGCAACGCCACCAAGUGGUUUGAAGAGAAUGAAUCGUGCGAAUUGGAUGAUCUGAUUGAGCAUAUGAAGGAACUAGAGAACAUUUGCGGUCCUCUCAUAAGUGAAACUAAUGGGCAGCAUUCAAAGAAAGCUAAGAUCAUCUAA